AUGGAGAACAAAAAGUUUGUAGCCCUGCAGAUCAUGUAUCUUCUUGGCUUGAGUCUCAUAUUUUGCCUAUCACUAGCUAUUACCGAUGGAGGCAUGGGAAUACUAAACCCGAAAGCUGAAUCCGAGGCAGAAGAGGAAAAUAGUGGCAUGCAAACUUACAUUGUUUGGGUGAAAAAGCCGGUGAGGAGGCUAUUUUCAGAAUCUCAUGAACAUUUAGAGAGUUGGUACAAGUCAUUUUUGCCCAAAAGUUUUACAAACUCAAAGGAGGUGAUGGACCAACGAAUGGUUUACGCAUACCACCAUGUGGCUACUGGCUUUGCAGCAAAGCUUACAGCUGAGGAAGUAAAAGAAAUGGAGACCAAGGAUGGUUUUAUAUCAGCUCAUCAGGAUAGGAUUCUCCCUCUGCACACUACCCACAGUCCGAACUUCUUGGGGUUGUACCAAGAUUUGGGACUUUGGAAAGGGUCUAAUUAUGGUGAAGGAAUCAUUAUUGGAGUUUUGGAUACUGGAAUAACACCAGGUCAUCCCUCAUUCAGCGAUGAAGGAGUGGGACCUCCUCCGGCUAAAUGGAAAGGCAAGUGUGAUUUCAAUGGCACAUUCUGCAACAACAAGCUUAUUGGUGCCAGAAGUUUCCAGGGUGGUAAAACUACCGGAGCUCCACCAGUUGACCUUGAAGGCCAUGGAACCCACACGUCGAGCACAGCUGGAGGAAAUUUUGUGAAAGGCGCCAACGUGUUUGGAAUGGCAAAGGGAACAGCCUCUGGCAUGGCACCUUAUGCUCACCUGGCAAUGUACCAAGUUUGUUCUGAACAGGGUUGUUCUGAAAGUGACAUUGUAGCUGCCAUGGACACUGCUAUUGCCGAUGGAGUGGACGUGCUCUCCCUCUCACUUGGCGGUGGCUCAGCUCCUUUCUAUGCAGACGGAAUCGCAGUCGGUGCAUUUGGAGCAAUUCAGAAAGGAAUUUUUGUUAGCUGCUCAGCUGGAAAUGAGGGUCCUGGAUAUGGUUCUUUAUCCAAUGAAGCGCCAUGGAUUCUAACCGUCGGAGCAAGCACCAUUGACAGAAGCAUAAAGGCAACAGCAAAACUUGGCAAUGGGCAGGAAUAUGAUGGGGAAUCAUUAUUCCAGGAUAAAAAUUUUAGUUCAAAUUUGUUACCUCUUGUUUAUGCCGGUGCAUAUAGCAAUGAUUCAACAGCUCUGUGCGAUGUAGGAACCCUUAAUGGAGUUGAAGGGAAAGUGGUGCUGUGUGAAAGAGGUGGAGGAAUUGGAAGAAUUGCCAAAGGAGAAGAAGUCAAAAGAGCAGGUGGUGCUGCCAUGAUCCUCAUGAACGAAGACACUGAUGGCUAUAGCACCUUAGCUGAUGCUCAUGUGCUUCCUGCAACACAUGUGAGUUAUGCUGCAGGUUUGAGCAUCAAAGCCUACAUAAACUCCACCUCAACACCUAUGGCCACAAUCUUGUUCAAAGGCACUGUCAUCGGUGAUCAAAAUGCUCCCGCAGUCACUUCCUUUUCAUCAAGAGGACCAAGCCUGGCGAGCACAGGAAUCUUGAAACCUGACAUCAUUGGUCCCGGUGUUAGCAUCUUAGCUGCAUGGCCUGUUUCAGUGGACAAUGGCACAGAAUCUACGGCAACAUUUAACAUGGUUUCAGGUACUUCAAUGUCAUGCCCUCACCUGAGUGGCAUUGCAGCUUUGCUCAAGAGCUCACACCCCGACUGGUCACCAGCUGCCAUCAAGUCUGCAAUUGUGACAACCGCUGACAUAGUAAACCUCGGAGGCAAACCUAUUAUUGAUGAAACACUUGCUCCAGCAGACAUCUUUGCCACUGGUGCAGGACAUGUUAAUCCUCCAAAAGCAGAUGACCCUGGGCUAAUCUACGACACAAAACCAACGGAUUACAUUCCCUACCUGUGCGGUUUGAACUACACAGACGAUCAGAUACAGAUAAUCACCCAACAAACAGUGAAGUGCUCUGAAGUAGGAGUCAUACCUGAAGCGCAGCUAAAUUAUCCUUCAUUUUCUAUUAUAUUCCAGGACUUGUCUCAGUCUCAAGAUUACACAAGGACGGUGACAAAUGUUGGACCAGCUAAUUCAACUUACAACUUGGAUCUUAAGUUACCAGGUAAAAUCGCCAUGAGUGUGAGUCCUUCGCAGCUUAAGUUUACAGAAGUUGGCCAGACAAUUACAUACCUAGCAGAGUUUAUACCGGAAGAUGGGGCAGGGAAGGAUGCACCAUUUUAUCAGGGAUAUUUGAGAUGGUUCUCUGAUCAGCAUUCUGUUAUUAGCCCCAUAUCUGUGAUCUUCGACACCCAGCAGUGAGAUCAGAGUUGAAGCCAGCAGAAGUUAAUUACAAGAUUUGAUAGAAUAAUACAAAGAAUGGAAGCUCAGAAUAACUGCCAUGCAAAUGGUGUCAUUGAAGUCCUGAAAGUUCAUUUUUUGUGAGGUCAACCAUCUCUUAUUGUUACGAUCGUAAUAGUGUCAUGUUCAACUGAUAUUUGCUUACGAGUUAAU